AUGUGGUGUCUUCGCAGGUUGCUAUUUGUUGCGACGGUGUUCAGCGGAAGGGCCUUCGGCAGAGCGACGGUGAUAGUAUCGGAGACUCCUGACCCUAUCUACUUGACGACAACUAUAAUGGUAUACGAUGGAACGGUGACACCUACUGAUUCUGUCGGGACAUCAACAUCAUUUUCGGAUAUACCAUCUGUUUCUCCCACGCCGUCGUCUCACCAUGCUCUGUUUCCUCCUCAUCCUGCUGCCUAUGCCCCUCUACCGGGAUUCAUACCUAAGCUGAAGCCGGCAAACGAGGAGUUCUCUUCGGCUCCACGGCUUACAACGUUCAUAACUCAUACUAUACCGCGAGAAACAACUACGGAUUCGUCUUCAUCUCUGACAGUCACGGCAACUUCUACGUCUUCAGCAGCUCCGGCUCUUGAACAAUCAGAUACCUCCUCACCACCUUCUUCCAGAGAUCUGACAAAGGGCGAAAUCGUAGGUCUCUCCAUCGGAGUUACCGUCGUUGUCAUCGUCGUCGUGUUAUACACUAUGUCGAUUGAAGAAUGUGUGGAAGAUGCUCCCUGUUGCUCUCCUCGCUACCAUCCCUGCUGGAACUUAUGCUGCUGCCUGAUGUUGGUGCCUCGUGCCGCUUGCAGGGGGUUGACAUGUCAAUCUCGAAAGAAACAAGCUGAGCCGCUGGAAAGCCUGAGGGUCGAUGUCGAGGGAGAGACGACACUGGAAAGCCCGAGGGACGAUGUCCAGACAGAGACAACACCGGUUGAACUUGAUGCCACAAACGAAGUUAUAGGGGAGCUUUCGGCGCCGGAGACUACGCCGUAUCAUUCUCAUCCUCCUCUGACGGUGCCUGUUGUGGAUGGGAGCGGUACGCUAUCACAUCAGUAA